AUGGCCGGCGUGAUAUUCGAUCCAUUCGAGGCCUUGGGUGUUGCGAGAGACGCCACAGAAGCUACAAUCAAGUCCCAAUACCACGCGCUAGCUCGAAAGUACCACCCGAAUAGACAUCAUCGUCCGCAGAGCACCAAACCUCCAGAUGCCGACCACGACGUGCACAGAUCCUGGUGGCGGGAAGACACCAAGGACUUGCGUGCCGACUACUUCCAUACCAUUCAUCAGGCAUGGAUGCUCCUCAGCAAGGCCGACGGCCGCAGGCGGCGCGCCGAGCUGUUGAGGCUGCUCGAGCUGCAAGACCAAAUGCUGGCUGCUUUUGUAGACCUGCUCAAUGCAGAGCCUCCCGAUGGUCUCCCCGCCGACGAGCAGCGCAAGCACGACGAGCACCAUGAGCACUCCGAUGUGGAUGGUCACAUAUCGAGCGACGCAGAUGAUGAUCUACCCAAUGUGGGCUUGCAGCGCAGGAAGACAUUUGCAAACCGCAACAACAUCCAUGGCGGGCAUCUGAGCGACCAGCUUGACGCAUACAGCCCGACGAGUCCCACCAAGAAACACAUCCGCAUGUUAUCGAAGUUAUCGAGAGGCCGAGCUGGCCAUCAGCACAAGAGCGAGGACUACUUCACCAUGCGUCGAAAGAAGCUUGAGAAACUGCGCAGGAAAGAGCUAGAGGCGUUCCUAGACUAUCGCAAUGCCAUGAUCGCAAAGUUCGAGGCGGAAGAGGAGGCGGAAAGACGACAGGAGCACUAUGAGCGGGCAAAGUGGAAGCGGGAAUACUUUGAGCGGGCACCACGAGCUACAACGGAACGCUUCAGAUCGUUCCAGCACUUCAUGGGUGCCGUGGCAGCCUUUGGCGCGCCGUCUCAGCCGGGCCAUCGCAACUUUUCUGAUCCCACUCACGGCAACAUGACACCUGUGCAAGGGCCUGAGAACGGCUUUCUCUUUCCCGAGAGUGGGCUGUCGCGUCACAAGACGAGUGUGCAUCGCCGUGGAUGGAGUAGUGACAUUAGCGGAGAUCAAUCGGACAGUAGCGACCAUGAUGAUACUCCCGCUGAGCUGAACAGCUGGCGACGAACGCCUCCCUUGUCUGCUUUCCGUCGUCAUUCCAGUCGGCCCAACGACCAUGUGUCGAUCGACGCCUUUCGUGCACCAUCGCGCACCCCGCCUCCUGUUCCUGUCCUUGCUGUUUCUCCUGCUGAGACACCCCAGCCACCGACAGGACUCCAGAUCGUUGUGAAACGGCCAACGGACUCACACGGCAUACCAGAAAUACAGGAUUCAAGCGGCGAUUCCCUUUCGGGGUCUUCGCGUUCGCCAUCGCCCCAAGCCCAUACCAAUGGCACAGAAGAAAGCAAGUACAUGUGGCUGCCGUCACCAGGUCCGGUGGAGUAUUUUGGCUUGGGCAUGAACAGACGAGCACGUUCGCCCAGCCCAGUGAGACAGCGUCGCGCUGCUUCACUUGGGAGGGUGGAGGAAGCGGCGAGGGUGCCCAGUGAAGGCCUGCAGUUCGUGACGAAACCAAUAGGACAGCCGCAUCAUCUACACAUACCACUCAGUAAUGUGUAUGAACUCAGGAGAGAAGAGAAAGCGUGGAUGCUAGGCUCCGAACCUGAUACCGAGAACGACCCGACUGUGUUGCUUGAUCGCUUACAACGGCUCGACUUUGAUGUUGCGUCUAAAUUCAUGGUCAAGCCAGACAUUAAGGAACUCUUCAGAUUCCGCCUCAUAUAUAACCACAGACACAUCGCCAGUACACAGAACCAGUCCUUCAUUGCCCUCAGCUAUAGGCGCAAAUUGCAAGUAACGAGGCAGCAUGGUCACUUCACACUGCCACUAGAGCCAGAGAUCUUUCAGGCAGUAUGGGAAGAACGACAGUCGGACCAGGAAGGUCUUUGGAUAGACCAGAUCUGCAUCAAUCAAGAGAGCCGCGAGGAGACCACUGUAUCCAUGUCAGCAAUGGACCUGGUCUACAGAAGUGCACGCCUUGUCGUGGUUGCUCUCGAUGAUAUCGAACUCGACGCUCAUGAAGGAGAGCUUCUACACAACCACAUGGAAGAGUAUAAACGUAUGACCCAUGUGCCACCCGGGCAACGCUUUCGCCGCAAGCAACCUCCGUAUCUCGAGAGUCACGAAAAUCUAUUCAGAGUCAUUCGCAAAAUCUUGAGGUCAUCGUGGUUCAAAAGAGCAUGGUGUAGACACGAGAUGCGACUCGCCAAGCACCAUAUCUUCCUGAUACCAUGCAAACGACCUGGCACAUGGUCAGGCCGAGAUGUGCUGAGAUUUAAUGGCAAGUGUAUUUCGCAUUUGCUCGACCUCUCCACGGAAGUGCCAUUUGAGUCGGACGUGGAAUCGGUGAAGCCGGCCCUUCACGCAUUCUUCCGAGAUCGAAGCAAGAUGGCUCCGGACGAGAGGGGCAUGCAACUUCAUCAUGGCAAUUUUUCUACUGUCGUAGCCGAAGUAUUUGCCAUGGAGGCUGGAGGAGAUCCUCGAAUCCCCGCCGAGCAAAGAGAAGCUGAUGCCAGGAAAGACAAGAUUGCAAUUAUUCUCAAUACCAUGGAAUGUGGCCUUACCAUAUCAGAACGAUUUCGUGAUCCGAUGAUUCAUCUGACGCAGAAUGAGUGCUAUCAUGACCUCAUGCUGCUCAGCCUGGCAGCUCAAGAUCCAGGCGCGCUCUGCUCGGUUGGAGCGCCGCUCCCCAUCACGGACUAUGUUCACAGUUGGCUGUGUGCUCCGACAGUAGCAGACAGCGGCCUCAACAACACGAAGACACUACAACGUCUGCCUAGCGCAGCCAACAUCACAGUCGACACUUCUGGCAGCGAGCACUUCAUACAAUUGGACCUGAAGUUCCUGAGAAGCGGUCGAAGAGAACAGCACCCUCUCGAUCCCGAUGCACUGAAGCUCGCUGGCGAGUUCAUCAAAGUGUGCAAUGAGCGCGGCCUCGGCAGGAACAGGAAGCGCUACCUGACACAUGAUCGAAAAGCGAAUUUGCUCUUCGGUUCUAUGCAGGAGGUCUACACAGAAACGUUGGCUUGCGUUCUGAUCUGCGGCCCCGACUGGCUGAGUGAUGUGUGCCAGCGCUAUAGUAUGACCCGAUGGCGAGUGGACCUCAGAGCCGCUGUGGAACUUCUCAUCGCUCUGCAGAACACAUGUGGACGAUGGCCUUCGCAUGCCUGGAACGAGCGCGCAGCGGCAUUCAUCAUGGACUUUGUGAACUUUUUAGUGAUUCGCGGCCUUCCCUCGCGACAAAUAUCUCGACCUGAAAAAUGGCGGCCGAUUUGGGUGCCCACUGCCCCCGGCGGCAAAGUGGUGACAUUUGUGCCCUUGAACAACAGGCACAUCCGUCCAGCCAUUCCGACCACGCUGAUUAAUCCGGACUACAUGCAUUUGGCGCGACUCUGGGUUCUCGAACCACGAACAUUUCCCAGCGUUGAUGAGGAUCUCAAUCUCAUUCCUCACCAUGACGAGUGGACUUUGCUCGGAAAAUCGGUCCUGUUCAGCGAUGACCUGUCGAUUGGACAGAUGACUUCUCAUGAUGGGUUUUUGAAAGAAAGUCAGAAAGUGUUUGGAAGAUGUCGUCGUCCGGGCGCUCCUCGCGCGAAGAACGUGUGAUACUAACGACGAUACCCUGUACCAAUAUCAGAUUGCAUAUACCUAGCGACUGCGUUCGAAGCGAUUGCAUUUGUCGUUAUAAUAG